AUGGACCCCCUGACGAACCACUCCCUCUCGGCCUCGGCGCAGAAGAAGCGGCGCAGACCCGCCCUGGCGUGCGAGGCAUGUCGUCGCCGCAAGGUCCGCUGCGAUAGGAACCUCCCCUGCGGCACAUGCGUGCGGUCCAAGAACGCCCUCUGUACCUACACGACGCAGGCGCCGACGUCGACAACGGCGUCUCUGUCUUUGAGACAGACAAGAAGGGAGCAAAGCCCGAAGCACGGCGAGCCCAAAACCGGCGCCGCGGCCCUGGCCCUCCCCGAGCCCAUCCUCCCGGCCUUCCAGCCCCUGCCCACGCCCAGGACCUCGGCCCCGUCGAGCAUCAGGGCCGACGACCACGCUCACACUUCCCCGAGUAUCGUGUUCCCCGGGCCGACGCCCAGCGCGGGCGAGCACGGCCCCGCGGACUUUGGGCUGUGGCAGCCCGUCAUCCAGCCGCGGCCCGCGCCGCCGCCGCCGUUGACGGCAGCGGUGGUACCGCAGACGGCUAUUGGGAGCGUGAGGACGAACGACACGGCUUCGACGCCGGGGAGUAACCCCGGGUCUUCGUCUACUGUGAACUCGCUCGUGGACAGGGUGAGGCAGCUGGAGCAGCAGCUGUCCGAUCUCGUGGUGAGGAAUGAGGACCGGGAUGAGACAGGUGUUGCGGGUGGUGCGGUGAUAGGCCAGGGGUUGAAGUAUAGUCGUGGUUGUGUUAGCAAGACGAGGUUCUUUGGGCAGAGUCAUUGGAUGAAUGCUGCUGAUAUGCUCUACCGUCUCGUCACCUUCGCCAAGAAGUUCGAAUCCGACAGCAUGAGGUCGUCGCAAAUCACCGAGCUCUACCAGGGCCUGGAGAAGUGCAAGAACCUCGGCCGCAUCAUCAAGGCCCGCCGCAACCCCUCCUUCGCCACCAUCUCCAUCGGUAAAAGCAUCCCGACCCGCGACGUCGCGGACGCCCUCGUCGCCGCUUACCUCCGCACCUUCGAGUCCGUCCAGCGCGUCGUCCACAUCCCGACCUUCCGGGCCGACUACGAGCGCCACUGGCUCAACCCCGCCGACACCCCGGAGCCCUUCCUCGUCCUCAUGCAGCUCGUCAUGGCCAUCGGCGCCACCUUCCACGACGAGCGCUUCACCCUCCGCAACGCCGCCAUCCAGUGGUUCUGGGAGGCCAACUUCUGGCUCAUGACCCCCUGCGAGAAGUCCCGCAUGACCAUGACCGGCCUCCAGAUCCGCGUCCUCAUGCACCACCUCCGCCAGACCGCCAACAUCGGCUGCGACCUCUCCUGGAUCGGCGCCGGCGCCGUCGUCCGCACCGCCAUGUACAUGGGCAUGCACCGCGACCCCAGGAACCUCGUCAAGAUGUCGCCCUACCGCGCCGAGAUGCGCCGCCGGCUGUGGGCGACCAUCCUGGAGAUCGCGCUGCAGACCGCCGUCGACGCGGGCGGCGCCCCGCUCAUCGCGAUGCGCGACUUCGACACCGAAGCCCCCGCGAACCUGGACGACGACCAGCUCGUCGAGGACGCCGACUCGGCCAUCCCCGUGCCGAAGGACGCCAAGACGUUCACGCAGAUGACGGUGCCGCUCGCCAUCUACGCCGCCUUCGAGGCGCGGCUGGCGGUCACGAGGCGCGUCAACGACUUCCGGUCCGACACGGUGUACGAGGAGACGCUGCGGCACAGCGGGGAGCUGAGCGCGGCGCUGCAGAAGAUGACGCAGCGGCUCCGGGCGCACCACCCGGCCGUGUCGCCUUUCGCGACGCGGUACGCCCAGUUCAUGACGUACCGGCUCUUCUUCGCCCUGCACCAGCCGAUCAUACCCCUGGCGCUGCGGAACCCGAUGUACUACUUCUCCCGGAAGUCGGCCGUCGACACCGCGCUCCGCCUGUGUAAACUGGCGUUUCUGUACCCCGACGAGUCCGGGAACGGCCCGAUCGUGCCCGCGAACGAGUCCGAGCUGGACUUUUACCGGCUCACCAUCAACGGCGCGGGGACGUACCGGUCGGUGCCGUUCCAGAGCGUGAUGACGAUCGGCCUCGAGCUGAUCCACGAGAAGGAGGAGGAGAUCAAGAACGGGACGUCGUUGUCCUUCGCCGGCCCCGAGUUCCGCGGGAUCCUCGACGCGGUGGCGGACUGGUCGCGGUCGAGGAUCAAGUCCGGGGAGACGAACAUCAAGGGGCACGCGCUGAGCGUAUUGAUCGUUGCGCAUCUACAGGUCCUCGAGGUCGGGAUCGACGACGACAGGGUGGAGAGGCACUUUGAGAAGGCCUGUGAGGACAGGGUGAAGGAGUGUCAAGAACUGCUGGGUGAGUUGGCCGGGGAUGAUGUCUCCGAGGAAGGAACUGGUGCUCCGGAUAUACACGAUUUGGAGAUGGAUUUCGAUGUCGGGGUUGAUAUGCUUGGUGAUUGGUACUGGGACGGCAUGGAUAACGGCGGCUUCAUCUCAACUUCGAACUUUGGAAAUAUGGAUCUCAUGUUUCCGUGA